UCAUUAUUUGUUAGCUUUUAAAUACUGAAGCUCUAUUUAAUAUGACAGAGAUAUUUAGGUGAUAAGACUGAAAAUUACGGAUAAUUAGGACUUGAGAAUAUUGGUAUGUGUACUAAGGUACUUAAUGGGAGAGAAGUUUAUGAUAAGGAAUAUAUAUCUCAGGAAUGGAUCUUAUUUUUUGGUCUGUGUGUUGAAGGUAAAGCAUAGAUACAGAAUUGCACCGAGUUCAGCUUCUUCUGAAAAAAGAAGAAGCUCUUCAAUGUUGCUCUUGGAGGGAAAGCAGAAGGAUUCUUCAAGAGCAGAUAAGAGCAAUGUCAACAUUCUUACUAAAUCUCAAGUGGAUGCAGAUCUAAGCAAGAUGAGAAGCAUGACUGCACAAGAGGCUGCUGCUGCUGCUGCCCAGGCUGUUGCAGAAGCAGAAGCUGCCAUUGCAGCAGCUGAAGAAGCAGCAAGGGAGGCAGAGGCGGCAGAAGCUGAAGCAGAAGCAGCACAAGUUUUUGCCAAAGCAGCAAUGAAAGCAUUGAAAUGUAGAAGACUUGACCUUGACAUGAAACUCGCACAUGGGUAACUUCUUUUUGAGCAAGAACUGUGCAUGGGAUAACGAUAUGCUGGUGCAGCAAUGGCUUCAUGUGUCAGUUAGUGUAAAUAGGUUGUGUUUGUAAAUGCGGGACAUGAGAGCUCCAUCUGUGAAUUUCCUUUUUUACAUUUCCAGGUAUCAUUUUGUACGGAGCUUAUUAGGUGUCCUGAUAUUCAGAAUUAAACAAUGAGGUAAAUGAGUAAAAACUGAAGGAAAGAGAGAUUUUGCAUGCCAAGGUAGGUAAAAGUACGCUUUGCAAUUGUCGCUGUUAUUUGAUUGAAGAGAAAAAGUGCUUGGGCAAAUGUA